AUGCCAGCCGACGACGAAACGCCACACCUGCCGAAAGCAUCAAUACUCUUGGGUAACAACGCUAGCCCUGCGACAAUUCGUGUCCCAAGCUUCAAUCAAGACAGGCCGGGACUCUGGUUCGCGCAAUUAGAAUCCCAGUUCCGGAACCAUAAUGUUACAAAUGAAGUGGACAAAAUCCAUCACGCAAUUCCACUCAUUGACACGCGCAUAGCUGCCGACGCUGAGGACAUUAUUUUGAAUCCACCGGCAGAGAAUCCAUACCACAAAUUAAAGACAGCGCUAAUCGCUUGCUAUUCAAAGUCCAGAGAAGCGAAACUCCUUCAAUUGCUGGACGGCGAGUGUCUUGGCGAUAGGACACCCUUUCAACAUCUUCGACACCUACGUAGUCUAGUUCCAGGCAUCGAUGGGGAGGUAUUAAGAGCAAGGUGGCUCUCGCACCUGCCCGACCAAAUUCGCGCAUGUUCAGUCGCACAAUGCACAGCCGGGCUACAAGAAUUGGGCGAAGCCGCAGCCCGCCUGCAUGACGUGCUCAGACCGUCUACUGGCACUCAUGUAGCUGCAACAUCGUUCGCAAAUAGUCCAGGCGCCGUGCCUUCAGAGGUAGAGCAACAACUAGCGCACAUUACAAAAUGCCUGCAGAAGCUUUUAGACAGCCGACAAACGACUGGAAUAAAACAUUUUCGUCCACGUAACGCUAACAGGAGCGGAUCAGUUUCUCCCGUAAGCCCAGCCGGCAACACCUGCUGGUACCACAAAAAGUUUGGUAACCUCAAUCAACAAUGCACACCUGGUUGCAAACUAGCGGAAAACAAAUAA